GUUUAAAGUUUUUUUAAUUUAUUAAUUUAAAUUUAAAUAUCAAUCGUAGAAAUACAUAGGUGUUAAAUCUAGUAUUAAGCAGGUUAUCUAUCUCAAAUAAUUUAAUCAAAAAUAUUUAAUUCAAAACAACAAAGAACAAUGUCUGUAUCAGGUAGCUUAAGCAGCCCCAGUAAGGAAUCAGUCAGUGUAAAUGGCAGUAUUAGCGACAAUCUUCCCAGAGAUAUAAGCAGAUUAUCUUUAUUUUCUUCUGGCUCAACAACAUCCCAGGAUGAACAUUUUCGAUGUGAGGGACAUGCCGAACAUAGCCUUUCCUGCAUGAAAACCUAUUUACAAGCUGGAAAAUUAUGUGAUAUUACACUUAUAGCAGGGACUAAUGGUAGGAGAGUUCAGGCACAUAAAUUGGUUUUAUCAGCUGCAAGCGAAUAUUUCUCGACAAUGUUUACUGGCAGCUUACGGGACUCUGAAGAAUCGGAAAUUACAUUAGGAGACGUAAAUGGCGACGUUUUACAAGCUGUUAUAAAUUAUUGCUAUUCAGGGACCAUCGAAAUAAGAGAGGACAAUGUGGAGACUUUACUGGCAACUGCCUGUUUGAUGUUGCUGCAUGAGGUGGUUGAGGCGUGUUCAAGGUUUUUGGCACAUCAGCUUCACCCGAGUAACUGUUUAGGCAUCGCUGUUUUUGCAGAGCACCAAAGCUGUUCUAGUUUACUUUUGGAGGCCAAUGCAUACACAAGUCAACAUUUUAUGCAGGUGAUAAGGAAUCAAGAGUUUCUACAGCUUAGCGUUGAGCAAAUGACAAGCUUGUUAAGUAACGACGAUUUAAAUGUAACUUCGGAAGAACACAUAUUCCAUGCAUUAAUGGGGUGGGUUAAACACGAACCAAUAGCACGAAAAGAACACAUUGGCCACCUUUUAGGUCUAGUUAAACUGCCAUUACUUAGUCCUGCCUUCCUUACAGAUCACGUGGAGCCCAUAGUAGGUAACGAUCAUACCUGUCAAAAACUGAUCAUGGAGGCGAUGAAAUGGCACCUUCUUCCGGAGAGGAGGUUGCAGAUGACGUGCGCAAGAACGCGGCCCAGAAAAGCCACUUUGGGGAAGUUAUUUGUUGUAGGGGGUAUGGACAAAAAUAAAGGAGCGACGACUAUCGAAAGUUACGAUCCGCGAUGUGACGUAUGGACGGUUGCCUUUCAUAUGAGUGGAAGGAGGUUGCAGUUUGGAAUUGCACUAAUGGGAGACAAGUUAUUAGUUGUUGGUGGGAGGGAUGGUUUGAAAACAUUAAACACCAUGGAAUGUUUAGACAUGGAGUGUGGUUCUUGGACGCAAUUAUCGCCCAUGAAUACACAUAGGCAUGGAUUGGGUGUUGCUGUUUUGGGUGGUACUUUGUAUGCAGUAGGAGGACAUGAUGGUUGGAGUUACCUCAAUACAGUAGAAAGGUGGGACCCGGCGGCCAGAUCCUGGCAAUAUGUGGCACCAAUGCAAAACCAACGAUGCUCAGCCGGCAUAGCUAUACUAAACGGCAAAUUAUACGCAGUAGGCGGCCGAGAUGGCGCCUCCUGUCUUAGAACCGUCGAAUGUUAUGAUCCGCACACAAACAAGUGGACAUUGACGGCCCCAUUGACGCGCAGAAGGGGCGGAGUCGGUGUGGCGGUCGCCAAUGGUUUUCUGUAUGCCAUGGGCGGCCAGGACGCACCAGCGAACAAUCCAGCGGCGUCGCGUUUUGAUUGCGUUGAGAGAUAUGAUCCUAGUACAGAUGCUUGGACAACAGUUGCAUCUUUGUCAAACAAAAGGGACGCCGUGGCGGCGUGUCUCUUCGGGGACAAGUUGUACGCCAUAGGCGGGUACGAUGGGGGACAUUACUUACGUACGGUCGAGCAAUACGAUCCUAAUACAAACGAAUGGACCACCAUGGCACCACUAAUAACGGGGAGAGCAGGCGCCUGCGUAAUAGCAAUGAAUAACACACCUACCCCGAUAGAACAAUAAUUUUUUUUGAGAUAAAAAUGGUAAAAGUUAUUUUAAAUAACGAAAUAUAUAAAAUUGUUUCUUGCUAUAUUGUAACAUUUAGCAAUUUCCUUUACCUUGUAUUCAUUGUUAAUAAGUUGUUUUUAUAGUUUUGCUCCUAAAUAUGUAAUUG